AUGGCAAACCCAACUCAUAUCUUCGCUCUCCUCUUUCUAUUCUCAUUUUUCUUCGCCGGAAUCGUCACAUCUGAGGAGGACUGUGUCUACACGGUGUACGUCAGAACCGGGUCAAUCCUCAAGGCAGGAACAGACUCAAACAUAAUCCUCACCUUAUACGAUGCAAAAAACUACGGCAUAAGAAUCAACAACCUUGAAGCAUGGGGCGGGUUAAUGGGUCCGGGUUACAACUACUUCGAGCGGAGCAACCUUGACAUAUUCAGCGGCAGAGGACCUUGUUUGGACGCACCCGUUUGCAAGAUGAACUUGACUUCAGACGGGGCGGGUAGUCAUCACGGUUGGUAUGUUAAUUAUGUUGAGGUUACUACAACUGGGGUCCACUCUCCAUGUGCUCAGACUCUCUUCACCGUGGAACAGUGGCUGGCUACCGACACGUCGCCGUAUGAGCUUUAUUCUGUUAAGGACAACUGCCCGUAUAAGGUGGACCAGGCCGAGGCGAAACUGAAGACGGUUGAUGCCGUCAGAUCUGGAUCUGGUUUCUCUAUCUUGGGUUCGACCGUGCGCGUGUAG